AAUGGGGUGCAAAGGAGCAAAAUAAAUAAAUACAGUAGGUAAAGAGGUAGUUGUUUGGGCUGAAUUAUAGAUUCAUACUAAUUGUCAGUCCAAAAACUCUGGUUGAGAUGAUAGAUGAGAAGUCAUUGAUCUAAAUUGAUCAUCAGUCAGGCAGAUAGCUAUGGUUAUGCAGGGAUGGAAGGCUGUCACAGAAAUGUGAGGCUGUGGUGGCAGCUGCAGAGAGGUAUUUGGGUGUUACAGUGGUUGUGUCCCUUCUUGUUAAAUCAAAUCAAACGUUAUUAUGAGGUAGGACUAGUUAGAUUGAAAUAGUGGAGUAGGGUGAUGUUUUUUUUGUGAGUGUAGGGUUAGAUGGUAGGGUAUUUGUUGAUUUAUUUUUAUUUGUUGAUUUUCAAGCAAAGGGUGUUAUACUCCAAUCUAGUAGGUGGCGGUAAUGCAACAUGUAUCGCCGUUAAACCUAAUCAAAGAAGAUUACCAGCUAGGGUACAGGGUUAGUUAUCAGUAUCUUUGGUUACGGUUUGCGACCGAGUGACAUGCCAUCUCUGCUAAGUUGACACGUCAGAUUACACCAUUAGACCUGAACCACGCCAAGACUGAUCAUGAAGAGAAGUCGACAUCCAAGCAGCAGCGAAGACUCUGACAAUGGAAGUAACUCCACUUCUUGGUCGCAACAUUCUCAACUCAGGAGAGCCAAUGGGAUGAAGCCCGCAGAGGUGUUUAGGACAGACUUCAUCACGGCCAUGAAGCUCCAUGACAAGUACCAUCUGAACCCAGAGGAUUACUACGUCCUGGCCGAUCCCUGGAGACAGGAGUGGGAGAAGGGAGUCCAGGUCCCUGUCAGCCCACACAUCAUUCCCCAGACUGUAGCCCGGGUGGUGGCUGAGAAGGGGACAGAGGUGAUGUUCUUGAAGCCCAAGAAGUUGAUCCGUUCUGGGGGUUCGGAGGCGCUGGGGUACGUGGACAUCCAGACCCUGGCUGAGGGGGCCUGUCGAUACGACCUCAACGACACUGACGUGGCCUGGCUGGAGCUCAUCAACCACCAGUUCACUCUGAUGGGCAUGGCUGUGCUGGAUGAGACCACCAUGGAGAGAGCGAUGGAGGAGUUUGAGCGGCGUUGCUGUGACAGAAUGAGACAUCCCAUGGCAACGGAGGAGGGGUUUGGCAUGGAGUACGACGAAGACGUUGUGUGUGACGUGUGUCGGUCACCUGACGGCGAGGACAACAAUGAGAUGGUGUUCUGUGACAAGUGCAACAUCUGUGUUCACCAGGCGUGUUAUGGGAUUCUGAAGGUGCCAAAGGGAAGCUGGCUGUGUCGGACCUGUGCUCUCGGCAUCUCGCCCAAAUGCCAAGUCUGCCGCAAGAAGGGCGGGGCCAUGAAGCCCACCCGCAGCGGAACCAAGUGGUUCCACGUCAGCUGUGCCCUGUGGAUCCCCGAGGUGAGCACUGGGAACCCAGAGAAGAUGGAGCCGAUCACCAACAUGUCCCACAUCCCCAGUAACAGAUGGGCUCUGACCUGCUGUCUCUGUAAAGACCAGACUGGAGCCUGUAUACAGUGUUCAGCUAAAAGCUGUCAGACAGCGUUCCAUGUGAGCUGUGCCUUAGACAGCAGCCUGGAGAUGAACAUCAUCAAAGAGCAGGACGAGGUCAAGUCCUUCUGCCCCAAACACUCUGGUCUGGUGGGAGGAGAGGAGGGGAGGAGGGGAGGGAGAGAUGAAGUUCCUAACCCCCCUGCCCCUCAUGCAGUCCCCAACCCGGUGGAGGUCCUGAACCUCCGUCACAUCAGACUACAGCAGCUGGAGGAGUCACACCAGUUAGUUGACGUGAAGGAGGUGUCCCAGGCCCUGCAGCUGAACCAGGAGACAGUCAACUUCAUGUAUCGCUACUGGAAGCUGAAAUGCCAAGCCAAUCACAGCCAGCCAUUGCUGACCCCCCAGAUGGAGGAGGAGAGUGUGGCGAGGAGAGAGCAUGAUAUCGUUCUCCGCCACCUGUUUCCCCAGGGCGGGGUCGCUACGCCUCCCAGGCCGGGGUCGCUGGCUAUUGGCUGACUGUCUCCAGCUGCAGAGGGGAGGAGCCACCAGAGGGGGAUGACUAACUCCUAACCCAAUACCAGCAGGUAUCUCUCUAACCGUUGAAAUAAAUCUGGAGUGCAGCGUUAAAUUACCUGGCUGUUGCCUGUGUGCUCAUCUAAUGACUAGAGACAGAAUUACUGUACUCCUCAGAACCAGACAGAACUAAUGUACUCAGAACAUUUACAUUUAAGUCAUUUAGCAGACGCUCUUAUCCAGAGCGACUUACAAAUUGGAAAGUUCAUACAUAUUCAUCCUGGUCCCCCCGUGGGGAAUGAACCCACAACCCUGGCGUUGCAAGCGCCAUGCUCUACCAACUGAGCCACACGGGACUACAGAACCAGACAGAACUACUGUACUCCUCAGAACCAGACAGAGCUACUGUACUCCUCAGAACCAGACAGAGCUACUGUACUCCUCAGAACCAGACAGAGCUACUGUACUCCUCAGAACCAGACAGAGCUACUGUACUCCUCAGAACCAGACAGAGCUACUGUACUCCUCAGAACCAGACAGAACUAAUGUACUCAGAACCAGACAGAGCUACUGUACUGUGACUCUAACCCGCCUUACUGUGACUCUAACCCACCAUACUGUGUAAUUGACCCUGACUCUAACCCGCCUUACUGUGACUCUAACCCCCCGUACAGUCAAAUUGACCCUGACUCUAACCCACCAUACAGUCAAAUUGACCCUGACUCUAACCCCCCGUACAGUCAAAUUGACCCUGACUCUAACCCCCGUACAGUCAAAUUGACCCUGACUCUAA